ACAGACACACACACACAGACACACAAAGACACACACACACAGACACACACACACCACCGCUCCCCACACACACAGACACACACACACAGACGCACACACACAGACACACACACACAGACACACACACACAGACACACACACACAGACACACAGAGACACACACACACAGACACACACACACAGACACACACACACCACCGCUCCCCACACACUAACACACACUCGCGCUGUUGCUCUCUGGCAGUCUCCCUGGCGGCUGUUGCCAUGGCGCCCGCGUGUUGUGACGUGACCGCUUCCCACACCUCCCUCGGCUUCCCUCUUUCUCUCCUCAUCAUCAUCACCGCCUCUCUCCUCGCCUCCCUCACCGCCUCUCAUCCUCACCCCCCUCACCGCCUCUCUCCUCUCAUCCUCUCCUCCCUCACCGCCUCUCAUCCUCACCCCCCUCACCGUCUCUCUCCUCUCAUCCCCGCCUCCCUCACCUCCCUCAGCGCCUCUCUCCCGCCCUCAUGCCGACAGAGUGUUCAGACAACGCCAGCGUGAGCUCCGCCCCCGUGGAGCCCCGCUACGUGGAGCCCGGCCACGUGGAGCCCCGCUACGCGAGCGUGCAAGAUGCGGUCCGUGCCGGGGACGCGCCCGCCCUGGAGCUGCUGCACCGGCGCGGAGCGAGCCUCUCCCAGGCGGACGCCCUGCACGGCAUGAGCCCCCUGCACUGGGCUGCACAUGCGGGGAGCCUGGAGUGCAUGCACUGGCUGCUGUGGCACGGAGCUGACCCAGAGGCGACCGCCGGCCGUGGCUGGACCGCGCUCCACGUGGCGGCUCUGCGUGGGCAGCACGCGUGCGCCCAGGCGCUGCUGGCGAGCGGGGCCGACGUGUCCCGAGCGGACGCCCGCGGCUGCACGGCCGCCCACCUCUCGGCGGGGCACGGCCACUCCUUCACGCUGCUCACGCUCCUCCGCGCCGGCGCCGACGCGAGCGCCCCGGAUGCACGCGGCUGGGGCCCCGCUCACUGCGCCGCCUUCCACGGGCGACUCGGCUGCCUGCAGCUGCUGGUGCGAUGGGGGGCGCGCCUCGACGACACUGACUCCGCUGGGAACACGGCCGCUCACCUGGCCGCCGCCGAGGGCCACGUGCCGUGCCUGCGCUUCACGCUGAGCGCCGGCCCCGCGGGGGCCACGGCGGCGCUGGGCGCCCGCAACGACCACGGGGAGACCCCGGAGGACGCGGCGCGGAGGCACCGCCGCGCGGCCGCCGUGGAGGUGGCGCGGGCUGCCAGGACGCGGCCCCCCCCGGGGGGGCCCGAUGAGGAUCUGGCGUUCCCUGCGCACGUGGCGGCCUACGCGGGAGACCUGGAGUCGCUGCGUCGCCUCGUCGAGUCGGGGGUCAUCACGGUCAAUGAGCGCGACGGCGGAGGGGGCACCCCCCUCCACAAGGCUGCAGGACAGGGUCACCUCGACUGCCUCCAGUGGCUGCUGCAGGCCGGAGCGAACGCGCACGCACGCAACGACGCAGGCGAAACCCCCCGUGACACGGCCAAGAGGUUCGCUCAGCUGGCGGCCGUGAGACUCCUGGCGGCCGGGCGGAUCGACUCGGACUCGGACUCCUCGGAAGGAGAGGCAGCGCCGGCCGGCGCCAUGGACCGCUCCGACGCUCCGACGCCCUCCGCCGAGCAGCGCAGAGCGGCACGAAGACGCGCGCAGGCCCGGGUUGCGGAGCUGGAGCGGCUCCUGGGCAUCGCGAGGAGCAACGCGAAGCAGCUGGGCGGCGUCGUGCAGGAGGACGAGCAGCGGCGCGGGGAGCAGCGCCGGCUCGAGCGGGAGGCGCAGGAGCUACGAGCACAACUGGAGUACGAGCGUCUGCGGCGCGAGGAGCUGGAGCGGCUCCUGGACGAGUCGCGUGGCCAGACUGAGCAUCUCGGACGUCUGGUUGAGGAGCUGCAGGGACCCCCGCACGGCCCUCCUCCGGAGCCGGUCAUGGGAGAAGGGAGGGCCCGGAGUGCGAAGAACAAGAACUCAAAGAGAAGACAGGAGGUGGAAGGGAGGUUCGUCAGGCGGCUGCCCCAGUGAGGGGUGGGCACUGCACACCCGCUGCUGCAAACUCCUCUUCAUCCCCACCCUUCACAUGAGAGUAUGUAUGUUCAAAUUCAUUCGCACCGUACAUAGCCAACCGUGCUAAUCGGAGGUGCAGGGGAAGGACAACAAACUAAACACAAAAAGCAGUUUUAAAGAAAUUAAUUUUCAAUCUAGAUUUAAAAGUGCAUAGCUCCAGUGGCUUCCUAAUAUCGGAAGAGCGUUCCAGACGGCCGCAGAAGUGCAUCUGAAAGUACAAUGCAGUGACCGUCUUUAUUCGAUAUCCAGCAAUAAGCCACUGCGAGGAUGACUGGAGUUCGUGUGACGGUUCGUGUUCCUUGACGAGAUCAACGAGGUAUCGUGGUUCAUUUGUGCCAAGCACUUUGUGUGUAUUAUUUGGUUCUUUCGGUAAAGCCACGUAGAUAGGAAAAUAAUAAAAUUAUUACGACGUUUCGAUUGCAACACAAGCAAUCAUCAUCAAGUGAAAAAAUAUUUUCUCCUGCCUCGGCAGCUCUCUCGCUAUAUUUUUUUCACCUGAUGACGAUUGCUUGUGUUGCGAUCGAAACGUCGUGAUGAUUUUAUUAUUUUUCCAUCUACUCGGCUUUACCAAAAGACCCAAAGAAUAUUAAUUCCUGCAGUCACGAAAGCUUUAAGUCAACUUUGUGUGUAAUGAAUGCGACUUCAUAAUGUACUCGUUCGGCAACCAGGAGUCGAUACAGAUCGGCGAGCACUGGACAGACACGGUCGGAUCUUGCAGUGCCCGUCACAAGUGCCGGCAGCGCGGGUCGCGGUGUCGUCGGUGAUUCCGAAUAUGGCGGUACAUGUUUUACCACCUGCGGCCAGAAAUUUAAACUACUCAACUAAAACUAAACUAUUUUCUAUUUUACCAGGUAAGGCCCACUGAGCUAUAUAGCUCUUUUUCAGAAGUGAUCUGGCCACAAAUGAUAACUAAACGAAGUGGCUGAUCAUGUGGACAUUUAUAGCAGCCAAAUUUAUAGCAUCCAAAUGCCACAGGGAGAACACGCAAACUCCACAUGGGCAGCAGGCAUCAGGGUAGGGAUCGAACCCACGACCUCCUACAUACCAGGCGAGGGAGUUGACAUCUUGUCACCGUGGCGCACCCCCGUGGCAGUCGCCAACUUUUCAUUGUCCCCCGACGUUGUUCAGCCAGAAACAUCCACGCGGUGAAGAGGGUUCCCACACGAACAGCGAGAGGUUGUGGUCUCCGGCCUCCGCCAAUGUAAAUGUCACAAGCGUGGAAAUGGUUCGCUUGGCAUUCUCAACGCCUUUUCAUUGCAAGCUUGAGAGUGUGCAUGCAUUCACUUUGUCGUUAACUCACUCGCUCGCUGUUCCAUCUGUCUAUAAGGAGGAACGGUUCAUGGAAUUACCCGUCUCUUAUAAUAACCUUGCUCUAUUCAAUAAUUUGUGUUAACUAUUUAGUACAACUUCAAUAAUACUGUUUGAGUUUGUUGUUGUUUGUGCUGCAAGUGCAGCAGUAGCAUCACCAGAUAAUUUGUGAGUAAGUAUUCAAACAAAAAGCUAAAGGAGCACACUCACCAAGGAGACAAAAUCGCACCGUGUGGCUAUUCUGACAACCGAAAUGUAAAAGAUGAUCCUUUUUCAAUAAAGUUUAUUUUGUCAUUGUUUGUUU